UUGUAGCUUUGGCCAGCAACAACCACAGAAGAAACCAUCAGCAGUCUACCAGUAUAUAUAGGAGACUAGCGAGAAGCUUUGCUCGAGAAGUUGUUUAGAAGCAACGAUGAAGAACACCAAGCUCGUGGCGAUCCUUGUUCUCCAGGCCGUCCUGGUCAUGGGAAUCCUCUCCCACGUGAACGCCCAAUUCCCCAAGUGCUGCGACAACUGCAGGUUCUUCUCCGGGGCGGUAGUCUGUGACGACGCAGGUCCCCAGUGCCGCGAAGGCUGCGUGAACUGCCGCGUGGUGCAGGCGACCCCUCCGAUGACGUUCCGGUGCGCGGACGCGCGCGGCGACGACGGCACGCCAUGCCCGCCCUGCAACAAGUAGUGAUCAUUCUUAUCUAUACUACUAUCGUGAGAUGUUCCCCUAAAAAUAAAAGCUGAGCUGAGAUGAGAUGAGCAGAACCGUCGAGCUUGUGCGUGCAACAAUAACACGCCGUUGUUGCUGUAGUCAUUAGUCGUCACACUUGUUAUUCAUCUUUUCCUCGAGUUGUUGCUCACUGAAUAAACACAUGCAUGUACCAAUUUAUGCAUCUCCGCUCAAUCAAAAUAAAUACCAUAUCACUUGUGCA